AUCCAGGAAGCCAUUUUGUCAUCAUGUGACAUGAAAACCAUAAAACAAAGAAGACCCCUUUAUGCCCCAACCAAUGUGUGUCAGUAUUAUGAAGUUAUGCAACUAAAGUAUUUUAAUAUUUCUUUAACAUUUUUUGAGUCAUUGUUGAAACUGCAUGAAACCAAAAUGAAUACACAGAUUACUUCUCAAAAGAGAAUCAAGACAGGAUAAAGCGUAAUCUCUCACUAACGAGCACUUCUUGGUCUAUUUAGCCAUCUCAGAGCAGUGCCUGGUGUCAUUCCACUGCAGUAAACAGUCGCUGGUCGACCGUGCAGGAGGAAAACACGUCGUGGAUCUGCUGCUCAGAAGCGCCCCGCCCUCCUCCUGCCUCUCCUGGAGCCUUAUAAACAGAUGAAUGUUGUUCAGACGCACAUAUCCACGAAACGCACUGGACUUGAGCACGGUUACAACCCUGGAGAGCAGACAGAAAGCCACCUGACGGAAUAUACGCUUUUCGCAUUUGUUUGUUUUCGAUAGAAGCAUCUUGGUCGAGCGAAGAAGACAUGGAUUUUUUGAACCACAACUACUUGAGCGCGCGCACCUCCUACGAUUACACCUUCAAUUUUUGGAAUGACUAUCUCGGCCUCUCCACGUUGGUCACCAAGAACAACAAGCACAGCGUCCCCCAGAGUCCAAACUCCAUCACGGAGUCCCUGAAAGCUACUCUGGGCUUGGACGACAGCCCUCCGUGUCCGUGCGUAAUCACGGCCGGGGGCGACAGCGACAGCGGAGGACACCUGGACUCCUGCUGCUGCCCCACGCCCGCCUCCAUCUCCAUCCUGGACCUGAAAGAGCGCUUCUCCAUCCUGAGCCCCUUCCAGAACCAGGGCACGGCGGGUCUGCUGUCCUCCUCCCAGGAGCGGGAGAUGGGCAUCGGAGGGAGCUUCGCAGGAUUUGAUCUGUUCGGCGUGGAGAGGAAGAUGAGGAAACCGGCCGCGCGCAAUAAGCAGGAGCCCAAGAUCUGUGUCUUCUGUAGGAAUAACGGCGCGCCGGAGGAGGUGUACGGCUCGCAUGUCCUGAAAACCCCGGAUGGGAGGGUGGUGUGCCCGAUUCUGCGAGCGUACACAUGCCCCCUAUGCAGUGCCAACGGGGACAACGCGCACACAAUAAAAUACUGCCCUCUCUCCAAAGACCAGCCUGCCCAGAGAGUGCUGAAGGGAGGCAGAGUUGUGGGUGGUAAGCGAGUGAAAAUCUUCUAAAAAAAAGACUCCUAUAGGCUUACAUGUAUUGCACUGAACAUUUUCUUUCAGAUGACUGUUCUGAUUGACUGGCUUUCCGAGUCUUAACUACUAGGCAAACAAAUAAGAUGAUAUCAAUGUUUUGGUAAACGAAAAAAAAAAAACUCUUAUAUUUUUAUAGAUACUUUAUUUCCAUAGUUUAUUGCAUACUUUAUUCAUAAAAAGCUAUUUUUUCCCCUUUUCACGCAUAGGUUUUAGAUUCACGGUGCAUAGUCACAUUUUAUCUGAAAUAAGAUGUUAUGUUUCUUUAAAAUGGGAAACGUGAAUGUUGGCACCAGAGGAUUUGCUCUUCUGCUCAAUUCAAGUAUUUUCUUUACUGUAAGCUAAGCUUGCAUCUCGUUUUUGUCUUUAAACCAAAGUUUAUUUUGCCAUUAAGCGAUUUUAAAGAAUGUUCCACACGUCUUCAUUUAUGAACUUAAGUCCCAUUCCGCUCUUUUGAAAGUCCACUCCGCAAUUUCCUGACGUUUGCGAUCACAGACGCGCAGAGCAACACAAUAGAGGCUCUGUUGCGCGCUCAUGUUGUCAGGAUAACUUCAUAAUCGGCCAAAUUAUUUCCAACCCCUCUGACAGAACUGGGCAUUUUACAUUACAGGGUCCAUGUUACAGAAGUUACAGCAGUAGCCUACUAAUAUUAAGUGAAUUACCAGCAGCUCCAGAAAGCAUGCAGUGUUGCUCAUUAGUGUGUAACAUGAACGCUGUAAUGUAAUGUAAAGUGUGACCGCAGGCUAUUCUUCUGAAUGAGGUGCCCUUUCAAUGUUUACACCCCUAGUAAGGGGAACACACACUGGAGAAAAUAUAUAUAUAUAUGGGCAUCUGUCUUCAGCUCCAUAAAAUGUUCCUCAAUUUCCAAAACAUCCUGGGUGAGCGAAAGGGAAAGGUUAAUGACAAACAAACAAAGAGUCCAUGGUGGAAUAUAUCACGUAUGAAUGUUCUUAAUAAAAAGCUUUUUGUAAAAACAAUGUAUUUGCCCCUUUUUGUAUUAUGUACCCCCCCCCCCCCCCCCCCCCCAACAUAUUGUGAAUGUACAAUUUGACACUUGCAGGACUGCACAUUUCUGACAGUUAUGUUUACCAAAGGAAUUCAACUUUAAUGAAGUAAGGAGCAUUGAGUUGCUGUAUUGUAAAUAAUAAAACAAGAAAAUGAAUCA